AUGGGCAAAUCCUCAAAAGACAAAAGAGAUGUCUACUACCGCUUGGCCAAAGAACAAAACUGGCGCGCACGCUCCGCCUUCAAACUCAUACAAAUCGACGAACAAUUCGACCUAUUUUCGUACAGCGAACCCGAGAAAUGCACCAGGGUAGUCGAUUUAUGCGCUGCCCCGGGGUCUUGGAGCCAGGUGCUUUCGCGAGUACUAAUUAAAGGUGAGAGUUUUGGACGGAGAGCUUGGGUUGAGAAGAUGGAGCGGUUGCAGCGUGCCCAAGUCCAAGUCCAAGCCCAAGUCCAAAGGGAUAAUAGUCUUGCCCGAGGAGACAUGUCUUCGCUCGAAGAAAUCAUUUCAACAACCAGCGGCGAAUUAAACCCCCGGGCCAAUGUCAAAAUCGUCGCCAUAGACCUUCAACCCAUGGCGCCUCUCGAAGGCAUAACGCAGCUAAAAGCCGACAUUACUCACCCUUCCACCGUUCCCCUCCUCCUCAGGGCCAUCGAUCCGGACUUUUCUCCUCAGAACACAACUCAUCUGAUCGACCUUGUGAUUAGUGACGGGGCCCCGGACGUCACGGGUCUGCACUCGCUCGACAUCUACGUCCAGUCUCAACUGCUCUACUCCGCACUCACGCUUGCCACAAAGGUUCUGCGUCCGGGGGGCAAGUUUGUGGCCAAGAUCUUCAGGGGUAGAGAUGUCGACCUGAUCUAUGCACAGUUGAGAAUCUUAUUUGAGCGGGUGAGUGUGGCGAAGCCGAGGGCCAGUAGGGCGAGUAGUAUCGAGGCGUUUGUGGUCUGUGAGGGCUACAAACCUGUGAUGGUAACGAAUGAUGAUGGAAAGGAAGUUCUAUGGACACCGGAAAUCGAAGUGGAGAAUGGUUUGCGACUUCCGGAGUCCGCAGCUAUAUCGACGCCUUUGUCAGCGGUGCGGGAGCAACAGCAAGAGCAAUUUCCGCUGGGUUCUGUUCCUGAAGAUAGCCACGAGACCGACGACAGUAACUCAGUGUCAGCAUCACAGUCAUCAAUCGCAGACACGCAUUCUCAACAACGAAUACAGAUGCAACAAACGCGCCAUCUCCGCCCCGACGGCAUCGUCGAACUCCGGUUCCCAUCCCUCGAAGACGCUGAUGACCCUCGGCGAUAUGUUGCUCCAUUCCUGGCCUGCGGCGAUCUGUCGGCCUGGGACAGCGACGCCACCUACAAGCUGCCGGAGGGCCAUGUGUCGCUGGAUCCCGUCCAGCCUCCCACAGCACCUCCCUACAGGCUGGCGAUCGAAAAGCGGAGGAUCGACGGAGGCAUGUACGGCAAGACCAAACACAAAGGAUAG